UGGUCGGCACUCGUAGUGACUGUGUCGCGGCGAAAGCCUCUGGGCGCAUUUCGUUGAGGUACGUAAAAAGAAUAAGACGCUGAAAAAAGAGACUACUCAUUUAGGCAAGUUUGGACUUGAGUCUGUUAUCGGGCUUAAUUUUAGCUCAGCAGAAAAUUGUCGUAAACAAAGAGACACAGAUCAGUAUUCCGUUGGUAGCGAUAGUGGACGUCUGUGACACCGAUGUCAUUUUGGGUGGGGUUCAUGUAAUCUUUGAUUUCAAAAUUUUCAGGUACGUAAUUCCGUUAGUGUUACAUUCAGGUUGUACCAAGACGUAUAUAAAUUUAAUAUAGAAUUUAAUAAGUAGAUUGCCAGGUUAGUAAUUUCAGCGGUCUCUUCCUAAUGCGCAUAAACUUGGUUAUAUAUAUUAUAAUAUCUGGACGAAAUCCUAACGUUAUUUGUAUACAUGUCAUUUGCAGUUAUUAUACGUAUACUAUUAUUACUGCCAACUAAUAUCAAUAUGACUUCCCAGUCGCCUAUUUUACCUCUUGCUCUGCUGCGACAAAAACCUCAGGCGAAGCUCGCCAGCCCGGUAUCUAGAAACCUUUUUGGCGCGAGCGAAGCAUCCGUCGUGUCGCAAAUGUUGAAUGAGGUUUUGGUAAGCGAGCGAAGAAGAGGAUAUUCUAAUCUGAAUUUUGAUAUUCACAACGAAAAGCCAGCCAAACACGAACAACAAGAAAACAUUUCUGAUGCUGACAAAACUCCAGAGCCAAGACGACGGUACUAUUGGAAGCAAAUGAAAUCCGGAGAGGCACCCGAAUUUUAUUCCCGCCGAUACAAGGGCAAAAAAUUAUUGAUGCCUGUUGAUUUGUCGAAUUGUAGUCCAGAUUCAUCAACUUCAAGAUCUCGCUCGGUUAGACGUAGUCUCAAUGGCUAUCUUCGCUCACCAUCAAGUGAAAUCCGCCAAAAAAAUAUCAUAAGGCCCUCAUCUACGUCCCGACUUGAACCGAGCCCGCUCCGGACUCUUUCGUCAAAAGAUCCGGUCGACUCACCACUUUCAUUCGACUCGGAGAAAAUCAGACUUCCACUCCCAAUUUUACGACCCUUGCCUCUGCAUGCUUCGACCGAAAAUGCUUUCACUGUCAAAGUAUUUUCACCAGCAAAAUCCACGCCUGCCAAUGUGCGUUUCAAUGCAAGGUCGCCUCUUAGCCAACGUGGGAACCAAGAAAGAGGAGUCAGAGCUCUCGAUUUUUCCUCAAGUCUUCAACAAGGCUCAUCGGUUUUUGCGCCCAGGUUUACGUCAGAUGUCACCAAUAGUAAUAAUUCCAGUAUCUCAACUUCCACACCUGAAAUUAUGUCAACACCGUCUUCCGAAAUGCGUGUUCCUGCUGCACCAACACCACUCAAGCAGCUCAAACUUACAGAAAUGGUAACCAUGCGUAAGCCAAGAUCUCCGGCCUUGAAAGCAAGAAAACGCCUUAAUUUAUCUGAAGACGAAACUUCAUCUGCAAAGACGCCGAGAUUGACUCAUCCUAGCAAAUAAGGACUUUAAUUCUUAUUGUGAUACCUAUUCGCUGUGAGUAAAAUGCCAAUUCUUGGAAACCGGAGACUGACUUCGAUUCACCAAAGAUCACGUUCAAAGACCAGCACUGUGUUGUGUACUUUUUCGACGUUCAACAGACACGGUCCGAUCAGCGACCUGUUUCACCGUGCAAAAUUGGCGGAAAUCGCCAUUUUGUUUUCAAGCUGCUGCGAUAUUGAAAUACAUAUUCUUAUUUCAAAUAGAGACGUUUAAAUGUGAAUGAACAUAUCAUAAACUUAUGAAGUAAUUUCAAGCCAGAUUCCAUGCUGCCGAAGAAAUAAAGAGAGCAACUGCCAAUAAGCUGAUUACACGCUGCCCGUCGUAUUUUUUGUGUUAUUGAUCCUGCCAGCUAAUGUGUUUUUUUUCAAAAUUUGAAUUUUCCCGCCAACUGUCUCAACCAAUCAUAACUGUUUUUUUUGAAAUUUAAAUCUUUCUCAUUAAUAUGUAU